ACUACCCGAUCGACUUUACACUGAAAUGUUCAUCUUUUCAACCGGUUUAACCGUGAAACACUUACUUCGACCAAUUAAGCAUUUAAAAAAUAAAAAUGUCCGACUCCACAACAGAACACAAUAGUCGUUUACGUAAUUGCAGAAAAUUUUACUUUUGAAAGACAAAGUGUGAUUUAAGUAAAAAACAAUGACACUUUUGAAUGCAUAUAAUGUCCAACUACGCUGUGGACGAAAUAAAAUAUUUCUUCAGAAUGGAAACAUGCGCCAGAUUCAGUGUUUCUUGAACACUCGAACUGACAGAACUUCUAGAAAUGUCAUUAAGACCAGUAGACUCCUGAACAUGACAUACUGUCAGACCAGGUGUUUAAAAAGACAGCUCGAUAUGAUGACUCAAGCAACGCAGAUCGUUUGUGGAUCAAGAUUUUAUUGCUCUGCGCCGGACAAUCAGCCUAAAAAGGACACUGACAAGCCACCCAGGAAUGGCAGGAUUUUCAAGAUCAUUAUUCCCAGACCAGAGCUGUUUCUUGUUGCCUUCGGAUUGUUUAUCUUGUUUAUAACUUGGGAUUUAAACAGAGACGCUGCGAUUUCGUGGGAGGAAUUCAAAACAAAAUAUCUUCUAGAAGGAAGGGUGAAGAAAGUUUUUGUGAGGACUUAUUUCGAUGACCUUGAGGUUGCAUUUGUACAGUUGCAUCCUUUGGAGCAAAUUGUCCUGCCUGGAGAGCCUGACAAGGUGGCAGUGAGGAUGACAAAGGUUGGGGAUUUCCUUGGCAAGCUUCGAGACUUUGAAGCCGAAUACAAUGUGCCGCGGGGGGAACAGAUACCCUACCAGUAUGAGGACGCACGGUGGUUAAUCUUUUUUCAAAAGCUUGCUGUGUUCGCCAUCAGCCUUGGCCUAUUGGGAUUAUACUUCUGGUCAAAACGAUCCUUAAUGAAUCUACUCCCGCGUGCGACGAUGUUCAAGAAUGAACAAGAAUUCAAGGACUUUCUCAACAAACAGAGAGAGGGGAUGAAGGAGAUGAACAACACGUCCAAGGAAGCAUCACAGAAGACCCGCAAACCCAAAAUCAAGAGACCUGAAAAAAUAUCUGAGUUCAUGGACCUUUUUGAUGGUGACCAGUUUAGCAAGGCGGAGGAUGUUCUUGAGGGCAAGUUUAGUUUCAAGGACGUUGCAGGGCUGCACGAGGCCAAGAUUGAAGUCCAGGAGUUCAUAGACUACAUUAAAACACCAGAGAAGUUUGAGGAGAUAGGAGCACGGACGCCCAAGGGAGCCCUAUUGUUGGGCCCGCCAGGAUGUGGUAAAACACUUUUAGGGAAAGCAUUGGCAGGAGAAUGUGGUGUUCCAUUCUACUAUGCUGCCGGCUCAGAAUUUCUCAAGAUGAUUGGAGGUAUGGGAGCAGCAAAAGUGCGAAAGCUGUUCAGAGAGGCGAGAGAGGAUGCUCCCUGUAUCAUAUUUAUUGACGAGGUGGAUGCCAUUGGGAAGAAACGCGCUUCAGGGACCUCAGAUAUUGGAUCUGGGGCGGAGACGGACGCCGAUCAGACACUGAACCAGCUCCUGGCGGAGAUGGACGGAAUGAAGACCACACAGGGGGUGAUUGUCAUAGCAGCCACCAACAGGGCUGACACACUUGAUAAGGCAUUAAUGCGUCCAGGUCGGUUUGACCGGCACAUCACCAUAGACCUUCCCACAAUGAAGGAACGUGUGGAGCUGUUUGAGCUGUAUCUGAGGAAGCUGAAACUGAGCCUGCCUGUGUCGUCCCUGGCGCCCCGGCUCGCCCAGCUCACACCCAGAAUGAGUGGUGCAGACAUAGCCAACAUUUGCAAUGAGGCAGCCAUCCAUGCUGCCAGAGAGAUGAAGAAACACGUCCAUGCAUCUGACUUAAACUACGCCUGCGAGAGAGUUAUAGCAGGUCAGCCAAAGCUGUCCAAUCCUGUAUCCAUCCCUGAAAGGAAGGUGAUAGCCUAUCAUGAGGCAGGUCACGUACUGGUUGGCUGGCUGCUCGAGCACACAGAUGCCUUGCUCAAGGUCACAGUUGUUCCCCGUACAUCGGCUACUCUGGGGUUUGCCCAGUACGUGCCCAGGGACACUCGCCUGUACACCAAAGAUCAGCUGUUUGACUUCAUGGUGCAGCUGCUUGGUGGGAGAGCAGCAGAGGAUGUCAUGUUUAACAGUGUUACUUCAGGAGCUAAAGAUGAUCUAGACAAGGUCACAAAACUCGCCUAUGCUCAAAUAAAAACGUACGGCAUGAGCGAGAAAUUUGGCCUGUUGUCGUUUCCUGUUGAGAAUGAGUCGGGAUUGAAGUUUGGACCGAAGCCAUUCUCGAGGCGGACUGACCAGUUGCUUGACCAGGAGGUGCGAGUGCUGGUGGGGAAGGCGUAUCGCCAGGCUGUGGAUCUGAUCAACAAGAAUAAGGACAAGCUGCAUGAGUUGGCACAGCUCCUACAAGCCAAAGAAACUCUCCAGUACUCGGAGGUUGAGGCAUUACUUGGACCAUGUCCUUUCGGAAAGAAAGUGCCGGUUGAUCCAGGAGCGUUCUUCGAUGAAGACCUACAUGAGGAGAAAGCAGCCAAAGAGGAAGCGGACAAAAUAGCUGAAGAAGCUGCGAGAAAAGCAGAUGACAUUCCUGUCACACCUGUCAAACCUGGAGUAGUGCGCCAAAAGCAUAACAUUCGUUGACUCGUUGUUGUGAAUGUACUUAAUUCGGCAUAUAUUUAUUAAGGUUCUGAAUUGACUUUUCUCUUAGAUUUAAAAAGCGGAAUUGGAAUAUUUGGAAUAUUCCUUAUCCUUUUCGAAAAGGUGCUUGACAAAUGAACAUAAUGAAUUUAACCACGGUUUAUUUGUAUAUGUGUGAGUAUCUUCAAAUGCAUUUCCAUGUCAAAGCAACCUAAUAUAUAAUACAAUUAAAGAAUUGGUAAACAUUUUCUCAAUUGAACAUAGGGUCUUUAAAGAGUGUGCAUUAUAUUCAUUUGUACACUACAUGUAUACGGUAUUUAAAGAAGAAAAAUAUAAAAAUAUACCAAAAUUGGUGUUAUAUGAUACACUAUAAAAAAUUAUGUUAUGUUUUUUUUAUGGAAUUCAGUUAUUAUUUUGGAAAAAUGAUACACAUUUACAUUCGACCCAGUGCUGUAAAUGCCCUUACCGAAGCAAGCCUCUGUGGUGUACAUAAUGUGUAUUUGUUGUGUAUAUACUGUGAUCGUAUGUGUACACCAGAAGAGUACGUUUCAUGUACACAGCAUGCUGCAUACAUGCUGUGUACUUCUUUACAGAGUACACAGCAUGUACGCUGGAGGAUACUAGUACACAGCAAGUAUGCGACACACUGAUAGAAACUUCCAGUAGUACACCUCAUAUACACACUAGGGACUUGUACAAAUCCCUUCCUGCAGAUGAGUACACCUGAUCUUCACAGCAAAGAAAUAGAUUUUGCUAAUCGUACACCACAUGUUUACCCCAGGAAUUAAAAAACACUUUAGUCAGUACACUUUAUAUACACCGGAAUGACUUAUGAAAAUCUGCUUUGGACUUCAUCUUUGCAGUACACCAUAUAUACACAGCAAGAACUUCUAUAAUUUUUCAUCAAAAACAUGUGACAUUUGAAGAAAAUAUGGUUUGGGAAAAUAAUACACAUAGACGUAAUUCAUGCUACGAAUGUAGCACAUUUGAGACUAGUUUUACUUGUGUUACUUUUUGUUAUUUUGUUGCCUUUUGCUUCAAUAUUUUGUCAAGGAAUAAAGCAAUUAACAAUU